UUGGAAUCGAGGACUCCUGCUGUCUGCAGCCGGAUCGUCCCGGUGGAGGCCCCCCCCUCCCCCCUCCCCCCUCCGCCCUCCGCAACCCCCGCUCCUAUUGUCCCCUCCCCCCCCCAGCUCUUAAUUGAAGCCCCCCGCUCCCCGUCACGCGGCCCGGAGCCCUGGUCCGGGAUGGAGCGCAGCAGCUGGAGCGGCAGCGAGAGCCCCGGGGAGGACAUGGACCGGCUGAGCGACUCGGGGGGGGACAAGACCAUGGACGGGGACCCCGAGGGGGUCUGGAGCCCCGACAUCGAGCAGAGCUUCCAGGAGGCGCUGGCCAUCUACCCGCCCUGCGGCCGGAGGAAGAUCAUCCUGUCGGACGAGGGCAAAAUGUACGGUCGAAACGAGCUGAUAGCCAGAUACAUCAAACUCCGAACGGGCAAGACGCGGACGCGGAAACAGGUAUCCAGUCAUAUCCAGGUCUUGGCCAGAAGAAAAUCCCGGGAGUUCCAGUCCAAGCUAAAGGACCAGAGCGCCAAAGACAAGGCCCUGCAGAGCAUCUCGUCCAUGUCCUCGGCCCAGAUCGUCUCCGCCACCGCCAUCCACAGCAAGCUGCUGCCCGGGAUCGUGAGGGCCAGCUUCCCCGCAAACGCACAGCUGUGGCAGGGGAUGAUUCCCGGAGGACAGUCCAGCUCCAACUCAGAAGACAUCAAGCCCUUCUCCCAGCAGGCCUACCCGGUGCAGACAGCGGGGACCACCACCAUCUCAGCCUACGAGCCCCCGGCGGCCGCCCAGACGCACAGAGAGCCGGCCUGGCAGGGCCGCUCCAUCGGCACCACCAAACUACGACUGGUGGAGUUCUCCUCUUUCCUGGAGACGCAGAGGGAGCAGGAGGCCUACAACAAGCACCUGUUCGUGCACAUCGCCCAGAGCAGCCCGGGCUACAGCGACCCGCUGCUGGAGUGCGUGGACAUCCGGCAGAUCUACGACAAGUUCCCCGAGAAGAAGGGCGGCCUGAAGGAGCUGUUCGCCAAGGGCCCGCAGAACGCCUUCUACCUGAUCAAGUUCUGGGCGGACCUGAACUACGGCGUUAUGGACGACCCGGCGGCCUUCUACGGGGUGAGCAGCCAGUACGAGAGCUCGGAGAACAUGACCAUCACCUGCUCCACCAAGGUCUGCUCCUUCGGCAAGCAGGUGGUCGAGAAGGUGGAGACGGAGUACGCCCGGUUCGAGAACGGGCGUUUCGUGUACCGGAUCAGCCGCUCGCCCAUGUGCGAAUACAUGAUCAACUUCAUCCACAAGCUCAAGCACCUGCCCGAGAAGUACAUGAUGAACAGCGUGCUGGAGAACUUCACCAUCCUGCUGGUGGUGAGCAACAGAGACACUCAGGAGACGCUGCUGUGCAUGGCGUGCGUGUUCGAGGUUUCCAACAACGAGCACGGGGCGCAGCACCACAUCUACCGGCUCGUGGUGAGCAACAGAGACACUCAGGAGACGCUGCUGUGCAUGGCGUGCGUGUUCGAGGUUUCCAACAACGAGCACGGGGCGCAGCACCACAUCUACCGGCUCGUCAAGGAAUAA